GUAUAACAAUAAACAAAAACAAUAUAAUUCAAAAAAAAAACAUUUCAUACAAUGUUUUAUUAAACCAACUCAUACAUUUUAAUUGAUAACAUUGAUAUCUGUCGCGCUUCCUAAUCAUCGAACGUAUAUUUUUCAAUACGCAUUACACUCAAAUGGCUGCUAAAGGUGCACAUAUAACUCAAAAUAUAGAAAGUCGACCAUCAUUGUUUGAAGUCAUCGCCGCAGAUUCACUGGAUUCAACGUUUUAUCCUGCUUUUAAAAGGAUAGCCAAAUUUCUGGCUGUCAUUAAGCCCAACUCUUUCGGUUACCUUCUAAAGCAUUAUGACGAAGCAUAUCUAUUGUUUAAUUUUGUUGUACAAAAUUACUAUGUUCGUAAUAAAGGAGGAUCUCUGUCGGAAGUAUUUUAUGGACUAAGACGUGUUUCGCUCCAAUCAAAAUGUUUUGACAGUAACGAUAGAAGAUGGUCUCUUGUGUGUCUAGUCGUAAUACCAUAUCUAUAUCACAAGAUUGAACAAAGAGUACAACGAUGGAAAGAUGAUUUCGAGAACGGUAAGCCCAUAACACAAGAAAAUCGUUUGCUGGUGCAGAUCAUUCCUUAUUUGAAAGCUUGCUAUGAAAGCGUAAAGCUAUUCCAGUACAUCAUAUAUCUAGCUGGUAAGAGCACUGCACAUUCGCCAGUUCUACGAUGGUUGAAUCUAUCACUAAUAUACCUACCAGAAGAAGAGGAAUCCUGGAAGUUUAAAGAGCUGUUGUCGGGCAGAAUCAAAUUAGCAACCUUGUUGAGUUCACUUCUUCUGAGAUCUUUAGAACUGUCAGCAUUCUUCUUGCAAUUUAUAGAGUGGUGGCAGAAUGAGGCUAACGUAGGAGACCUGUCCAAACUACCUGUACCUGAUGCACCUCAAAACAACAUCUACAGCGACAGAUACCGAAACAUUUGUCCGCUCUGUCUUCAAAAGUGGAUCAUACCAACUACUGUUUCAGUAUCUGGCUAUGUGUACUGCUACCAAUGUAUUGUAACCCAUCUGCAGAAGGAAAAUGUCUGCCCGAUCACAAAAUAUCCUGCUACUAUUAACGAUUUAAUAAGAAUUUUCGACGAUGAUGAUUGAUUGUAUUUACAGCGUAACACGGCAUUCGCGGAUGAGGUUUAAUAUAUCGAAACGGAUCAGUGAAAUCUUAAUGUUAUGUAUACUAAAAGUAUAAACAUUGUUAAA